CUCUCUCUCUCUCUCUCUCUCUCACUCACUCUCUCCUUCCCCCUCUUCCUGUCCAUCUUUCGGUACACCUCUCUGUCACUAAUAAUGGAGCCCAGCAGUCCGAAGAAGAUCCAGUUUGUAGUGCCACCACUGCAGGGGCAGUUGGACCCACAGGCCGCUGAACAAAUCCGUCGUAGAAGACCGACUCCUGCCACUCUGCAGAUCUACAGACAGCCAGGCACAGAUGUUGGAGAUAACCACAACAGCAGCGGAGAGUCACAGGACACAGAUUCUUCUCAGAGAAAGCACAGCACCUAUGUCCCGCCCACAGCGAAAGAGCUACAGCUGGAGGGGGAGCAGCAUCUUUUGGGGGCAGCGCUGUGUGAUGCAGACGGUCAGUUGAGUCCAAUCACAGCGCAGCUCUAUGCUUCUGCGUCUCUUUGGGGAAAUCACAAUGGGCCAGAGGAAGCCAACGGAAAUGAGGCCGGUCUGCCAUUAGCCGUAGCCAAUCAGGAGAGAAGAGUUGCAGAGAGCAACAGUUUCGGGGACCUGGCAUGUGACCUCAAAAAGGACGCGUCCAGUCCGGACUCCAUCUCUCGAUAGCCUACACUACUUGUUUCGUCCCCUUCUCUCUCGCUCUGCUGUUUACUUGAUCUCAUUAACACUCUGUUUAACACUCACUCUGUGUGUGUGUGUGUGUGUGUGAUUUCGCUUCCCUCAACUCUGUUCACUAAUGCAGACACAUACUGUACGUUUUAGCUCAAACCUCUGCAGCAUUUCACCUGGAAACACCGCACAGCAUGUAAAGUCAACGAGGUUACGUUUGUAUACAAAUGGCUGUUAAUAAAAUUGUGAGUCACGGGAUUUCCUGAAUGUCAAAGUUAUUUGACCUCAGCGCAAGGGCAGCAGACUAUUUUGGCAGCACAAAUCUCUGGCGACCCGGAGACUUUUUUUCUUUUUCUUUCUCUAAAGUCAUCCAGUUUGUUAUACGGUCUCGUAAAUACAGAAGCAAGACAUUUUAUAUCCCCCGAUCAGAUGUACCCGUUAGGCUAGCUGGUCUUUACAAGGCUGACAAUUAACACUGAACAAUCUGCAGUGUCUAAAACUGGCCACAGUGAAGAUUAGGGAAGUAUUAAAGUGCUUCAGUUUCAGCUUCUCAUUACUAAACAUUUCAGGUGACCCCACAAGGUUGUUGUUCCAUAUCUAUCUGGAGGAGGAGCUAAGGAGGAAUUGGGGCUUCAAGGCGUGGGUGUUUUUUUUUUCAUAGACCUGGGACACGUGAUAUCCAAGCUAAAGGCUUAGUGACAAGCCUCCGGUGGUUACAAAGCUGCUACAAAGAUACCAGAUGCUAACGUGGUGCUAACCAACUUCAGUGUAAUCAGAGUGGACGAGCGGUGGAGGAGAGAUGGUGGUGUGAUAGAUAGUUCAAUUACUUCAGGAAAAUCGGAAGGAAACACUUACAUGGACCAUCAAUC